UAAAAAUAAUUAAUUAAUUAAUUUAAUAAUAAUGUCCUAAAUCCUUGUCCCCGGUGAAGCGGAAUCCAAUUUUUGCAAAAGAAGACAGUUAGGUGCAUAAUUAUAAAAAAAAUAAAAAAAAAUUAAUAAUAAUAAAAAAUAAAAACAGGAAACUUGAUAUUCACGAUCCCAUUUCCCUCUUAUGUUUGUUUCUCUUCACACACAGAAACACCGAAAAUAAAAAUAAAAAUAAAUUCGGAUGAUCGAAGCAGGUCGCACAAACACACAUAACACUCCUCCUUUAGCCACGUUUUACAUGCUGUCCUCUGUUUUUGUGCUGCGGCGCCGUUUAACAAUGCUACGACGAGUACGACGGAUACAAUUCUGAUGCUGUACCGACUCCCAUCUGUCGAGCUCUCUCUUUGUCAUCUACCUCCGAUCCGAUCAUCAAAUUAAAAACCCUAACUUUCAUCUCUCCUUUUGCAGUGACUGACUUCCCUAUUUCUGUUUCAGAUUCUCGAAUUGCAAUUACUAGAGCUGCGAAUUAAAUACUGAUUUAGAGAGAGUGAUCAUUGAAAAUUCAUAUGAUCACUCUCAAUUUCUAGAGCAAUAAUAGAAAAGGAGGGAAUUUAGAAGAAUAAUAAUUAGAACACGAUGCAGAGACGGAGUCCACCUAAGCAUAGACACGACGGUACUUCGCCGUUACCUUUAGGGAUGGAUUGGAGUCCUCCACCUCGAAAAUGGAAUGGACGGAAUACCAUUUGGCCGCAUGACCCAAGAUCAGGAUGGAGUUAUUGUGUAAUUAUACCUUCCUGGGUUGUUCUCCCAAAAUCAAGAGAUUCAGAUCCUGUAGUGUUUUACAGGGUUCAGAUUGGUUUGCAAUCACCAGAAGGGGUUACAACGACACGUGGAGUGUUGAGAAGAUUUAAUGACUUUCUGAAGUUAUAUACUGAUCUUAAAAGAUCAUUUCCCAAGAAGAAUCUUCCACCUGCUCCACCCAAGGGACUACUACGUUUGAAAAGUAGGGCACUUUUGGAAGAGAGACGGUGCUCUUUGGAGGAGUGGAUGACAAAGUUGCUAUCUGACAUUGAUUUAUCACGAAGCAUGGCAGUGGCAUCUUUUCUUGAACUAGAGGCUGCUGCGAGGUCUUCAUUUCAGGAUGUAAACCAGCAGUUAUCUGAGGCGAGCCCUGCUGCUGAUCGUGCAACUUCUUCACUUCAGAUACCUCUGAAUUCAACUUCUUCUCUCAAUGUUGGUAGUUCGUCAGUUACAUCAGAUUAUGGCAGUGAUACUGCUUAUGAAACAUCUGAGCUUGGAACACCAAGGUUAGGAAGGGAUGAACAGUGUGAUGUAGGAAUAGAGGAUCUAACGUUGGAUGAAGAUUUGACGAAUCCAAUAGAAAAGCUUGUGAAGUAUGGGAUGUCCAAUAUUGAUGAGGGACUGUUCAUGGGACAGACUAUUUUGGAGCAGCUUGAAGGUUUACCUAGGCACAAACCGCAUGCCACUCAUAUGAAUAAUGUCACAGGGAAGGAUACAUACAAUGGAAAUGCUUCUAGAAUCUCAUUUCCUGCUAGCAAUGGCAUGGAACUUUUCUCUGAGACAGAGCCUGGCAAGGUCUUUGGUCAUGGUCGGAAGUUAUCUAGUGAGAGUGUUGGAAGUGAUGGAAGUUCUCUAAGAGGCAGUGAAAUAUCAAACUCUGGCACACCAAAUUUAUCUGGGGAUGGGUCUCUUGACCUUCCUGGAGGUGUUGAUGUUUCGAGUGUGGCUGGAAUUCUUGGCAGCGCAGAGUUGCAGUUUUCAGGUGAUGCACAAAUAAUCCUUCCAUCGGAUCAGCGUCAGAAAAUGAAUAGAGCUCUAUUAACCAUGCAGAGGAGGUUAGUCACUGCAAAAACAGACAUGGAGGAUCUUAUUGCAAGAUUACAUCAAGAAAUAGCCGUGAAAGAUUAUCUUACAACAAAGGUGAAGGAUUUGGAGGCAGAACUUGAAACAACCAAACAGAAAAAUAAAGAAAACCUGCAGCAAGCUAUUUUGAUAGAGAGGGAAAGACUUACCCAAAUGCAGUGGGAUAUGGAGGAACUGAGGCGGAAAUCGUUUGAAAUGGAGUUGAAGUUGAAGUCUAAAGAGGAUGACAACUCAAGUAGAGAAUUGAAAAUGGGAUCCACUGAUCUGGAGAAAGACAUGGCACUGCAGGAGUUGGAUGCUACUAAGAAGCAGCUUCAGAAUUUGUCUAAACAGUACGAGGAGCUAGAAGCAAAAUCAAAAGCAGAUAUUAAGUUUCUUGCUAAAGAGUUCAAAACCCUGAAAAGUUCCCAGGCAGUACUGAAGGAGGAGCUUAGUCAAUCAGUGAGAGAAAAAUAUGAAGUCGAGAAACUUCUUCAAGAGGAAAGAGAAAUGCGUAUGCAUGAGAAAAAUGCUCGAAAGAAGCUGCUAUAUGACUGCAGGACGCUUUGCAACCGGCUUAAGGAGUGCAAUCUUAACCUAUCUAGCGAGGAGGAGGAUGAAUUUAUUGUGGAAUCUUCACUGGCAGAUGCAUUAGAUUUGUUGUCUACAUCUGAUGAUCAAAUUGCGCUUCUACUUGCAGAGGCACAAGGGCUAUUUGAAGAUGACAAAAUUGCUGCUUCUGAUGAUGAUAUGCAAGAGCUGCAGAAGAUGCUAGCAAAUAUAAUUACGGAUAAUGUGAAAUUAAGGAAACGGGUGAAUUCUGUCAUGCGCUGUGCUCUUCAUACAGGCAACCUGUCUAGGAAUAGUGAUGAGGCUCCUUCAAAAAUCAAUCAUGUAGAAAGAUGAGUAACAUAUAGAUUUUUUUUUUUUUUUAAAUAUUCUAAAAGAUUUACACUGAUCAUUACUGGUAAAAGAAUCACCUGCUUCAAAUGGUUGAUCUUACCAAACCAGCAGUUAAAAAAAAUCGUAUAAUUUUGUUGUUCCGCAGCCAGUCGCCACAAAGGGAAUUGCCUUUUCUUUGUGUUGUAUCAUUACAUUACUGUCAAGUUAAAGUAGAAAUAUUGGAGACGCUUGUGAAAUUGAUUUUGCAUUCAAUUU